AUGCAAGCAACUCAAGGAGAGCGCGGAACGCCCAAGCGGUGGAUGGUUGAGUCUCCAGUCGAUGAGCCGGCUUCGAAAGCCCGGCGGAGGGACGACGGGUCAUCAGAGGCGACUGUCUUUGACUUCACGUACGCCAGAGUAUCUGAUUUACGCAGUGCAACACAACCAAUUGUUGUAGUCCAAGUGGGCAAGCAUCCGCACCGUCAAGCGUCGAUGAAUAUUCACGAGCACAUCCUGAAGGCUUCCUCCCAGUUCUUUGCUGCUGCUGUGAAGGACCAGUGGACGAAAAGCCUUCCCAGGAUCGUUGAGCUUCCGGAGGAAGAGCCGAAGGUGUUCGCAAUAUACACAACCUGGCGUUACUGUCGGAAGAUUGCUAUUGCUGACGUUGGACCCAACCUCAAGACUUUGCAGAGAUGGGAUCUCCUGGUGAACGCUUAUCUCCUCGGAGAAAGGUAUAUGGACUCGCUGCUCAAAGACACAAUCGUUGACAUGAUGGACGAGAGCCUUCAAGCCCUAGCCGACGGAGAACGCCGCGGCCCUCUACCAGCAACUGUGGCAGACCUCUACAAUGGCACUGCUUCUACGUCGAGAUGCCGUGCGCUGCUUGCGGAGUAUACCGCCGACUUUGCGUUCCCAGAUCCGUUCGAAGCUGCGCGAAAGUCUUCGGACCUGGUGUUCGAUGUCGCCAAGCUGUUGGUGGAAAGGCGAGGCUUGCCGGCGAAAAGGUUCUCCAGGAAGACUAACAACCCGAGCCAUUACCACGAGCAUGAAGGAGGCGUGAAGAACUGCCACUUGACGAGAGUUGUGCACCCAUGGCCAUGA